AAGGCAGAGGAGGCAAAAUCUGAAAUUGCUGCAGAUGCAGAAAUGGAUGUGCUUCAAGAUGAGUUGGAAGAGGAACUUCAAAGAGAACGUUUGCUCAGGGAGGAUAUCUUCCUGAAUAUCAUCAACACAGAAAUUAUAAACGAAAUUAGUGUCCUAGAACGCCAAAGGGUUUCUGUUGAAGAAGAAAGGCAAACUCUGAAAAAGCUUGAGCAAGAUGAGCUGAGGGCACAUAACUUGGUGUCCAUACUUUCUGUUUGCAUUGGGUACAUAUAUUCAAUUAAAUACAUCUUAAAGAGUAGUUUUGGUUUAGAUGGUUGGAACAGCUUGAAAACAAUUAUUUUUCAUCCCCGCAUUCAGGAAAUAAGCAAUUUUCUCAUGUCUUGUAUCAUGAACCUCUCAAUGUAUGCUUCUGUCACAAAGAUAAUUCCAAACUUGGAUGACCAUUCCAAAAUAUCAGGCCAUACUGUGGAAAGAGAUAAAAAGGUGGUUGAGAAAUUUGAGUUCAACCCGGAGGAUGCAACUGCCUUUGAUACAUGUAACAGCAUUUGGAAGAUGAUAAGCCUGAAACAGAAAUUUCAAAAUUUUUCCCUUUCCAAGGCAUGAAUAAUGCAGCUCAGAAGUGUGUAUUUAUCCUAGUAUUUCUUGUAUACUCUGGAAGGAAGUGUUUUUCCAUUUUGAUUCCCCAUUCCGUAUGAUUCCAUAUUUUUGAUUGAGCAAUUUUCUGGCGA